AUGCCUCACCCUCAAACAGCUUUAGUAGUGGGCGCAAACAAAGGCUUAGGUCUCGCAUUAGUCAACAAGUAUGCAUCUCUCAUUGGAGCCACAAACGUAUUUGCUACAGUGCGAGGAUCCGUCGAUAAAGGGACUUUCCCUGAUGGAGUAAAAGUCAUUGAGAAUAUCGAUUGUUCGAAAGAAGAUGUUGGGGAAAAGAUCGUUCAAGGCUUACAAGGUUCCGCUGUUGGAUUAGUAGUUUACGUUAGUGGAAUAUUGAUACCUGAAGAGAUGGGGAAAGCUAGUUGGAAAGAUGAAAUUGCAAUGUACACAAUUUGUGCUGUUGCGCCUGUAUUCGUCGUCCAAUCUCUCUUGAUGUCAUCAUCUCUUGCACCAGAAGCGAAGAUCAUUUUGCUCACUUCUGAAGCUGGAUCCAUCACUCUUCGUACCGAAGGUGAAGGAGGUGGUAUGUACGGUCAUCACGGAUCGAAAGCUGCUGGAAAUAUGAUUGGUCAUUUGUUGAGUUACGAUUUGAAAGAAAGAGGUGUCAGUAUAGCCAUGAUCCACCCUGGUUUCUUGAAGACUGAGAUGACAAAGAAUGCCGGUAUGGAAGAAUUUUACGAGAAGAUGGGAGCUGUUACACCUGAUGAAGCUGCCGUGCCAUUUUCCGAGUUUGCAGAGAAAUUGAAUAUCGAAAUGUCAGGUAAAUUCUGGGCACCAAUGGGAGCCAGGGGAAUUGGAAAUGCCGAAGAAGUACUUGGGAAACAAUGGACUGAGCAAUCUGGUCCACUUGAAUUACCUUGGUGA